UGUGGUUUGUCACCCUGCCAUAAUCAGGUCAUACACGUUUUGUGCUUUCUAUGUUUUUUAUAUUGUUCAUGGUAAAUAAUGGUACACCAUGUUAGUCACGGGUUAGUCCAGGUCAUUUGAGGUUAAAACCGUGUACCUAGUUAGAGUUCAGUGUUUAGAUAAGUCUGAUGUUUUGUUCAUGUAUUCAAAUCAACAGAUAAUGAACAGGUAUUUAGACCUCCUGGUUUAAUUUCUAAACUUACACUGAAGUAGUGUUUUUGCCUUCUUCUGUUACUGGGUUAUUGUAUUACUUUGUGGAUCUUUCUUUCUUUCUGAUUCUGUCUAAAACGAUAUUCACAGAUAUGCUCUGCCUUAUCGGAUUGUGGUACGUGACGAUAGAGACGUGACAAUAGAGACAACAAGACUAGAGAGAAAGAAGAGAGAACGAUGGGAUUAGAAACAAAGCACGCAGAUGGAUGUGAGGAGGGAAAGUUAAUGGGGAACAGUGUUACAGGAAACAUCGAAAGCACCAGUUUGUGGGCCUCCUCUAUGUUGAAGCCCCUCUGCACCUUCGCUGGCUGCUCUGGAUGCCAGUCUCCUGCAGCCAACUCCACAUGCUGGGCUACUCUACAAUCAGCUGCUAAUAUAAAACAAUAUAAUAUAGUGGAAGCAGCUAGCCUUACGUUCUGUAGUCCCACCCACUCUAUCCUUCUGUCUACUUCCUGUUGUAUGUGCACAUGAACAAAGGUUAGGAAUCGGCAGAUAAGAUCCUAUUGUCUGCCUGAUUGGGACAUGUUCACUGAGUACAUGUGUCAGAGAGCUGUGUUGUUGUGGGAGUGGCUCCGCAACCUUCUGCUUGAAAGAAGCACUACCAGACCUGAAAGUGGGCGUGAACCCAAAUCACAGCCACUUCUAAACGGCCGGCUCCGAGGCAGGUGAGUGACUUCGCGUGACGGAAUCGCCACGACGCGGACCUGGCCGACAGUUCUGCCGCAGCACGGAACGCAUGGCCCGUGUGGGGUGAAAGCUACAAACGCAAGAUGCCGACUUUAGGACUGAAGAAGAAAGACUCGUCCAGAAUGGAAAGACCGGCGCUGGAUUUGCCACAGCUGACCAAUGAAAUGCAGCUGAGCAUCAUGAACAAGGUGAAGAACGGGGAGCUGUCCAUCGAGGAUGCGCUGAAGCUGGCCAGCAACGAUCGGAAGAAGCUGCUGAGACAGCAGAGCCUGGGUGACGAGUCUUUGCAGGAACAACUACAGUACAACUUCAGCGUGUAUAAGCACAGUCACCACAGAUGGCAGAAGAGAGUCAUUCAGAUUGAUUUCAAGAACUGCAUGGUGUGCAGCAUAGAGAAGGGCAUCGUCAAGAGACACCUUCCGUUCUGCAUCGUCAAGAGUUGCGAUGAUGGAGUGGGCUCCAGGUUCACCAUUUCCUUUCAAGGGCGCCAUGAUUACGAACUGGAGGCCACAUCCCUGGAGGACAAACAAAAGAUUUUGCAACUUGUGAAUCAGAUCAUUUAUAAGAACAUAUACGGUGAUCCUGAUCCUGAGGAGAGGAAUUCAGACUCUUGUCCACGAGCACCAGCGCCUCAGAGCAUUCGGAAAGGAAACCUGUUACUGCACAGGGGUGGCCUGGCCUCGUUCAAAUGGGUGAAGUACGAGGCUCAGCUUCUGACAGGCCAGCUGACACUGGUCCCCCUGCGGAUUCGAAGCCCCGUCGACGGGGAAGCAAUGCUGGUGAUACCGGAGUCCAUUGUGAUCCACCUCUCAGAUGGAGAUACUUGCAUACAGAAAUCCCAGGGAUCAGACACUUUCAUCCUGAACACACACAAAAACGAAUACCAAUUCCGAGUUCCCAUAACAGAGGACACCACUCCCGAGUCUGCUCAGAGUGAACGGAACGCUUGGGUUCAGGCCAUCGACAAACUGUGCUCAGACUGGAAGAAGAAAUCGGCGCAGAGAAAAAUGAAGAAAAACCGUCCGAUAAGCGAAGAACGAGAGGACAGUGACGUGGAGCUUGAGUCGAACGGGGGGUUUAGUGCCGGGAACCUGGCAGUGAUUCAUCCUCCGGUUGACCGUGCACCUGCGGAUUCCGCCUCCGGGGCAGGUCCAUUGGCUGGCGACACCAGUCCCUCCUCUGCUGUUUACGCGAGGCCCAUUCCUAAGACCCGCAGGAGCGGCAGCAUCUCCUCCGCUGAGCCCAGCGCCGCCCCCCUCCCCCACCCCCGCCCCCCACCCAAGUCGCCCGGCGAUGCUGCCUCGCCGCUGCCCCCCUGCCCUCCGCCCCUGCCCCCCCACGUCGCCCCUGCGCCCCCGUCGCCGCAGCCUCUCCCCCAGGACUCAGGCUCGCCCGCCGUGACGCCGCCUCCCCCCCCCCCCGGGGCCCCGCCUCCCCCUCCUUUACCCCCUCUACCCUUUAAGGGCCCAGCCAAUUCGAGGAAACCCACCACCAAAGCGUUCCACUGGGACGUAGUCAGCUCAGAGAAGAUUGGAAAAUCAUUUUGGACACAAGGCAGCGCCGAGAAGACUCAGAUCUCCACGUCACGCUUAUUGGAGCAGUUCGCUGUUAAAGAACUAGCGAAGUUUGGUGUGGCCGACGUGAUUAAUACCCAGCAGAUUAUGCUCAACCAGAAGAUUGCACACAACUUCAACAUUUUCCUCAAAAGUUUCCCAGUGCAGCCGGGCGAGCUGAAGGACAAACUGUUCAUCAUUAGCGAGGAAGAUGGAGGUCUAUCUGAUGAGCACAUCACCUCUCUGAGGAGGUACGUCCCCACGUUGGAUGAUGUGGAAAAGUACAAAUCGUACAAGGGGCCGGUGACAGACCUGCACAUCGUGGACCAGUACAUGCUGGAGAUGUGCAACAUCCCCAACCUGAGCACGCAGCUCAACCUGCUGCUGACUCUCAGAGAGCUGCCCACCAGCAUGAACGACCUGCAGCCUCUGAUUAACCAGAAGAUCAGAAUGUGCACACAGCUGUACAACAGCAGGUCAUUUGUUUCGGUGCUGGAGUACCUUCUCGCCAUCGGCAAUUACCUGAACGAGAACGCCGGAAAGGAAAAGGCCAAGGGAUUCCGCCUCUCCUCCUUAAGUAAACUCUCCCAGCUGCGCGGGAGAGGCAAGAAGUUCACCUUGCUCAACGCCCUUGUGGAGCAGAUCAUGUUGCAUGAACCGUGCUUGGCCACUUUUACCCAAGAGUUGGCAGAAUUCGAAACUGUCCCUGGAGCUUCCAUCAAAGGCUUGACCGCAGAAGUAGAUGUCCUGAAGAAUGAACUGCAGAAAGUCAUUCAGUACAGGAAAAACUGCAAGAAGAGAAAUGCUGGAGCUCAGCCCCUGAACUUCACAAAAGACCUGAAGAUGGCAAUUGAGAAAUACAACACUGAUCUCUCGGCACUGACGAAGACGUGUGAGGAGAUGAAGAAACUCUACACUGUCAUACUGGUUAAAUUUGGAGAACCAGCGGAUAAAGACUCUCAGGAGCUCUUUGGGAUCGUUUCUCAGUUCGUCCAGGACUUCAAGAGGGCUCGCGCUGAACUCGUAUGAGUUGUCCAUUCAAGAUGUACUGUAGAAUGCAGCACUGCUUGAUUAAACAGAAUACACAUAUUAUGAUGAGUCAUGAGCCAAGAUAUAAACACAUGGUACAGCGUAGACACAUGUAGCAUCUUUACAUACAUUCUGUUUUGCAUCAUGCUGAGCUUGAAAUGAACAUACUGUACAAAACAAAUCUACCUUAUGCAUACGUGCCCCUGUAUUUAUACACGGUGAUGAAGGUCGGCCUGCGUUCGUCGCAAGGCAUCAUGUUUACUCACAUUUCCUGCUGCCAAAUUUGAUUUCAAAAUGUCUCGGUUUGAGGAAACGCUCAUAGACUCAAGUGUACUGUUAAUAAGCGCAGCUUUCUGUUGGCGGGGAAACAAAUGAGAGGAGACCUGAGGGACCAUCUGAGGCUGAGGUACUCUGGGUGGGUAUUUGCUUUCCGAACAUGCUGUGGUUCUGGGUAUUUCAUCUCAUCAAAACAUUUGCAGGUACAGGGGAAAAACUAGAGAUUUUAAUUGAAAUGCUGCAUUUGCAGAAAGGUGUUAUUCAUUAGCAGGAAACAUGCCAAACUAUUUCAUUAAAUGUCUUCUUUACAGCUCUUUA